AUGAACUAUUACGAAAGAAACCCAAGUGGUCCAUACAGAGCGGAAAGUUUGGCAGAUAUGAAAGCUAUACCGGAUCCAUUUUCUCCGAAAGGAUUGUCAACUGGACAACAAUAUUUCGGAAAUGUUGAUAUCACUAAAAAAACUGCCAACACUCAAGAAUACAUAACACAACCUUACGCUCGCUACACUCCUUCCGAAAUUGAGGACAUCAAUGCGUAUCCUGAGUUUGUACGUGAAGAUCAAGCGAUUGGUAAGAAGGCGCUUACUCGUGAGGAAUGUGAAGAAUUACGUGGGAUUUCACCGAUCACUGAUAAGGAACAGAGAAAAUCGCCCAUUAUUAAUCGAUACGAGCUGUCGGAUGAUGAACUAAAUGACCUUAAAAAUUUGCCGGAUAUUGUUGAUUCCCAAUACGCAAUCGGACGUGGCAUACGUUCCGAAGAGGAAAUUCAAGAAAUUCAGGCAUUGCCGGAUAUUCACUCAUAUUCUCCUGUAUCGGAUUGGAAACUGCUCACAAAAAGCAACCGUUCUACCAGCGCUCUGGCAAAUUCCGGUUUACAAUCUGCAUACGUCGCACCUGACAUGCGCUCUCACCACUUCGACUCACCUGUUUCAUCGGAAUAUAUUAUGCAUCGACCAUAA